AAUGACAGAUGUCAAAAGUCUUCUAUUUCAGCAAAAUGUCUGUGAAACAGGCUUCAGUUUUUCUGUUGAUACAGCUGAUAUGCUACUUUAGACUUGGAACUUGUGGGAAAGUAUUGGUGUGGCCCACAGAAUACAGCCAUUGGAUAAAUAUAAAGAUAAUUGUGGAUGAACUUGUGCACAGAGGUCAUGAAGUGACUGUUUUGACAUCUUCAGCUUCCAUCCUUAUUAAUCCUAGCAGAGAAUCUUCUAUUAAUUUUGAGAUUUACUCUGUACCUGUGAGUAAAGAAGAGCUUCAAGAUGAUUUUCAAUCAUGGAUAACUGAAUGGACAAAUGACUUUCAAAAAUACUCCUUUUGGACAUAUUACUCAAAGAUGGAAGAAGUCUUUAAUAAAUAUUCUGACGUUAUUGAAAGCUUUUGCAAAGCUAUAGUUUGGAACAAGAGUCUUAUGAAAAAACUCCAAGAAUCUAAGUUUGAUGUCAUUCUUGCAGAUGCUAUUGGUCCCUGUGGUGAGCUGCUAGCCGAACUGCUUAAGACACCUUUAGUGUACAGUCUCCGCUUCUGUCCUGGAUACAAAUUUGAAAAGUACAGCGGGGGUCUUACACUCCCUCCUUCCUAUGUGCCUGUGGUUCUCUCAGAAUUUAGUGACCACAUGACAUUCGUGGAAAGGGUGAAGAAUAUGUUGCAAGUGCUGUACUUUGACUUUUGGUUUCAAACAUUUAAAGAGAAGUCCUGGAGUCAGUUUUACAGUGACGCCCUAGGGAGACCCACAACAUUAUCUGAGAUGAUGGGAAAAGCAGACAUAUGGCUCAUUCGAACCUAUUGGGAUUUGCAAUUUCCCCACCCACUUCUACCUAACUUUGAGUUUGUUGGUGGACUCCACUGCAAACCAGCCAAACCAUUACCUAAGGAAAUGGAAGACUUUGUUCAGAGUUCUGGAGAACAUGGUAUUGUGGUGUUUUCUCUGGGGUCAAUGGUUAAAAACAUAUCAUCUGAAAAGGCCAAUAUAGUUGCAUCUGCUCUUGCCCAGAUUCCACAAAAGGUUCUGUGGAGAUUCGAUGGUAAGAAACCAGACACCUUAGCAUCCAAUACUCGGCUGUACAAGUGGAUCCCCCAGAAUGACCUUCUUGGUCAUCCAAAAACUAAAGCUUUUAUAGCUCAUGGUGGAACCAAUGGCAUCUAUGAAGCAAUCUAUCAUGGCAUCCCUAUUGUUGGUAUUCCAUUGUUUGCGGAUCAACCUGAUAAUAUUAACCACAUGGUAGCCAAGGGAGCAGCCAUUAGAGUGGACUUCAGCACAUUAUCAACUACAGAGCUUCUUACUGCCUUGAGGACUGUCAUUAAUGACCCUUCGUACAAGGAGAAUGCCAUGAGAUUGUCAAGAAUCCAACAUGAUCAACCAAUAAAGCCCCUGGAUAAAGCCGUCUUCUGGAUUGAGUAUGUAAUGCGCAACAGAGGAGCCAAGCACCUCCGCCCAGCCCUCCAUGACCUAACCUGGGUCCAGUACCAUUCUCUGGAUGUGAUUGGGUUCUUGUUGGCCUGUGUGGCAGCUGUGGUAUUCAUCAUCACAAAAUGUUGCCUCUUUUGUUGCCGUAAGACUACCAACAUGGGUAAAAAGAAGAAAAAAGAAUAGCUGCAUUGAAGCCAGGAGAAUCUUGAGAAAUGGGCCUCUCAUGGCUGCUUCCAGCAAGAAGAGGCUGUGAUAGCAAAUCAUUUCCCUCUAAAACAAGACAGUCUCAGGGUGAAGAUUGCUUUCAUGUAUUUCAUAUGUUUUAGACAGUGAAAGAUUUUCUGUCAAAUAUGCACUCAGGGAUUAUAAAAACAAAAUCACAUGUUCAGUUUAGAGUGUUUUGAUGUAACUGAGGAGCUAUCCUCAACAACCCUCACUGAGAUUACUUGUGGUUCGCAAAAUUCACAUGGGCAGAAAAUGUUUCCAAAUACCAGUUAUGUUCACAAAUGCCAAGCCUUCUCUGACUUUGUUUGUUGAACAAUUUUCUUUCUUGUUUUUGCUAUGCAUAAAUUAUAGUGUUCAGAUUACAGACUUAAUAGACUAAAUAGACUUAACAGA